AUGCACGCCGGGCUCCUGGGGCUCUCUGCCCUGCUGCAGGCGGCCGAGCAAAGCGCGCGUCUCUGCACCAUUGUUUACUACUUUGCCAUGGGCCGUCUCCUCUGGGGUUGGCUGGCCCUCGCUGUGCUCCUGCCCGGCUUCUUGGUCCAGGCCCUGAGCUACCUGUGGUUCCAAGCAGAUGGGCAUCAGGGUCACUGGUGGCUGGCGGGGGUGCAUCUUCUGCAGCUUGGCAUCUGGAAGCGGCACUGGGACUCUGUGGCAGCUGCUCUGUGGAAGGGAAAGGAGGCUCCCUGCUGUGGACAGCUGCACCUGCAGGUGGCUGACCUGUCAGCCCUCCGGCUCCUGGAGGCUCUGCUGCAGACUGGGCCCCACCUGCUGCUUCAGGUGUAUGUGUUCCUAGCCUCUGACUUCACAGACAUUGUGCCAGGGAUCAGUGCCCUACUCUCCUGGUCUUCAAUGUCUUGGGCCCUUGUGUCGUACAACUGUUUCCUGGGCAUCAUGAAGCCAGGCCACGGGACCGUGCUGUGGGCCGCUCUCUUGUGCCAGCAGCUAUGGAGGAUGGGCAUGCUGGGAGCCCGUGUGUUGAGCCUGGUUCUCUUCUGCAGAGUUUACCGUGUUUGGGUUUUGGUGGUUGGAGGCGCUCACUGGCUGGUGAUGACCUUCUGGCUCGUGGCCCAGCAGAGCGACAUUGUGGAGAGCACCUGCCACUGGAGGCUGUUCAACCUGCUGGUGGGGGUCGUGUACAUCCUCUGCUACAUCAACUUCUGGGACAGCCCUUCCAGAAGCAGGAUGGCCAGCUUCUACUUGGUCAUGCUGCUGGAGAACUCUGUACUCUUACUAUUGGCCACUGACUUUCUGCAGGGGGCACCAUGGACCAGCCUGUGGACUGUGGUGGGGGUCUUGUCUGGAUUUCUGAUUGGGUGUGCAUCACUGGUUAUUUAUUAUAGCCUGCUGCAUCCGAAAUCCUCAGACAUCCAGCAGGACUUCAUGAGGAAAUGCUGUGGCCCCACAGAGAAUGACAGAGCUGAAUCAGAGCCUCCUCCCAGGGCUGUGGUCCCCUCAGAGGACAGACCUGACAGCUCAAGCUGGUGCCAAGAGGAAAGCUAUGAGCUAACAAGCCUUGAUAAGGCCCCCAGGCCAGAGCAGAGUACUGCAGAGGUGGGGCUGGGCGAUCAGAGAUCCGGGGAGUAUUCUUUCUUCAGCCAUCACCACUGGCUGUUGAUGAAACUUGCUCUCAAGACCGGAAGUGUAUCUAAGAUCAACGCAGCCCUUGGUGGUGACAGCCUUGGUUGCUCCUGUCCCCCCAUAUUGGGGUCGAGUCAACACUGUAAUCUGCAGAGGAAACCCUUGUUUUCCCAGCGAGACUUCCCAUCCUCUCCUCAUGACCCUUUGACCUUGGAGAAAGGCUCUGGGUACUCAGAUGCUCCGAAAGCAGAGAUGGAGUCAUUGGAAACUUCAAGCUAUGUCUCCGUUGCCAGCGAGCUGGAGGACAGUGCAGCAACCCAGAAGCUGCCGGCUCCAGGAGAGGACAGCCCAAAGGCUGAGGCUGGGGCUGACCUUUCGGCUCAGGGGAAGGGUAUAGAUGAGCCCCAAAAGGGGAAGGAAGGACAAGAGAGCACAACGCUGUACUUCAGUGCCACCAUGGACAAGACCACAUCCUCCUACCAAAAAGGCAGCCCAGUGGCUCUGCAGACAUCCCAGUCAGGGACUCCGGGAGAGAGCGGACCUGUGCAGCCUGCGCUGCCUCAGGCACUCAUUAAGCCUUUUCCUCUCACCAUGGCCAGCAUUAGUCCCAUUCUAGGCCGAGCCUCAGGCACAAACGUCUGCCCCAGCACAGGCCUUCCUGGAAACGCCCUGUGUAGUUCGGAGUGUGAAGAGUGGAAGGGGACAGCAAAGGACCCGAGUUUGCCAAAGGUGAGCCCUGCAGAAGAGCCCUGCUGCACAUCGACCCCUAAGUCUGAGUCUACCCAGAGGGACUAUAGCUGCAGGGACAGGAUGAAACAGGAGGCUAGUUUUUUCAUCUGACCU